UGACGUCAUUCGCUUGCGCCUCUCCUCUGGAGUCUUCUCGAAAGAGAUCAUUAAAGUCACCGUUCUGAGCAGUGUGUUUCGCUAGGUUGUCAGUGUUCUACAGAGGUCACGAUGCCCCGUGGUGGCCGCAGCGUUCCGUCCAGAUCAGCCCCAAGCCAUGCCCCCUCUCAUGCCCCAGCACCACCAGCAACAUCUGCAGUUUCUUCAGCGCCUGCUCCAUCCCAGGGUCCUGGUCUGAUGGCCCAAAUGGCUACUACAGCUGCAGGGGUGGCUGUGGGUUCAGCAGUAGGACAAGUCCUUGGAGGGGCCCUCACUGGAGCAUUCAGCGGUGGAAGCUCAGAGCCAGCCAAGCCAGCAGCAGUGCAGGAUGCCCCAAGAGCCCCUGCAUUCUCCCAGCAGCCUCAGUCUCCCUAUGGACCUUGUCACUAUGAGAUUAAACAGUUUUUGGACUGUGCAACAAACCAGAGUGACUUAACUUUGUGCGAGGGAUUCAGUGAGGCACUGAAGCAAUGCAAAUACAAUCAUGGUGUCUCCUCCAUUCUGUGACAUUGGUCAGCGCGGGUUUUCAGAUUCACUAGUCAGAAAUGUACCCACAAGAUAUCUCAGGUUCCUACUGGCCACAGGACUGGACACACAACUUUAUUUGCACCUGUGCAGCUGUUAUACAGUUAGAUUAAUAAAUGUAGAUAUAUUUUAAUUAUACACUGAGUUCCAUUGGUCCUUUAAAUUAAUGCUAGAAAUAUUUUAAAAAAAUGUUUAAAUAAUAAAGAAAAUGCUACAUUUUGUUAGCAA